UGUUUUCUUUUAGACAGCAAAAAUUCAAAUCUCUCUCUCAUCUUCUCUCUUCCUGUCUAUGUCUAUAAGCAAACCCAAUUCACCAAACUUCUUCUUCAACUUCAACUUUUUUCUCCAUCUUUGUCCUUUACGUUUUUGCAUCAAUUUAUAUAUAAUUUGCAUUACUUCAUGAAUCCCAUCUCUCUCCACCUCUGAAACUUUCAACAUUACCACACCACUCCACACACAAUUCUACAUUUUUCUCACUUGUUCAACCGAAAAAAAAAACAGCUAAAAGGCUUGGAUUUUUCACCCUCGUUUGAGAAUCCCACAUGAACCCAUUUCUCAAUUAUGGAUUCUGAAACAACCCAUUUUCUAUCAAAACCUGAAGCUUCUUCUCUCCCCUGUUUCUGGGUCUCUGAUUCUUGCUCUUCCAUGAAAGGAGAAGGAACGACUCUUGGUGGGAAGAAAAGAAGGCUCUCAGUUGAUCAAGUUCGGUUGCUUGAGAAGAAUUUUAAUGAUGAGAAUAAGCUUGAACAUGAGAGGAAAGUUCAAAUUGCUGAGGAGAUUGGGUUGAGGCCUCGUCAAGUUGCGGUUUGGUUUCAGAAUCGAAGGGCUCGAUCAAAGAUGAAAAGAAUUGAGAGUGAUUAUGAAUGUUUGAGUGCUGAAUAUGAUAAGCUUAAGAGUGAUUUUGACAGUCUUCUUAAUAUGAAUCAUGAACUCAAAGCAGAGGUUGAUCAACUAAGAACAACAUGGGCUGCUGUUGAGAAGAUGAAGAAUCAUUUUGAACCAGUCGGAGUUGAAGCCAUGGAUUCAUCAGUCACAAAACUUGAAAAAGCAAACGCAAAGACAAUGGGUGAAAUUUUGUAUAAAGUUCAAAUGGGUUCAUCGAGACAUGAAGAAGGUAGCCUGAGUUCAAGCAAAAGUGAUGGUUUUUAUUCUGAAAGCCCCACAAGGGAUAACCAAUCAAAGUCAGCCAAUUUCUUGCAAGAUGAAGAAGAUGAGUUAGGUUGCUUAGGGAAACUAGAAGAUGAACUUUCUGCCAAUGAGCUCAUGAAUUCCUUUAACAUUCUUAGUAGUGCAGUUGAAAAUCAAUCUUUCUGCUUUUGGUCUUAGUAGAUAUCGAGUAUAAUAAUUCUCAGUAAAAUGUUCGAAUCUACUGAAGAUUAGAAAUAAAAGAGUGGAAGUGAUCAUGAGUAUGACUUCUUCAUUUACUGUCA